AUGAUGUCCGGAAAUUAUACGAGCAUUGAUAACCAAAACGUCUCAGGAUCCGUUCCUGCUGCGGUUCCAGAUCCAGGUCACCUCACCGUCAAAUUCGAAGAUUCAAACCUUCAGACAUUUCCUCCAUCUGAGGCACACGGGAAGAUUGCUAGUGGUGCUCGCCCUCCUCGUGAUGCCGAUGACACGUUUUCAAAACCUGUAUCUGGUUCUGAUGAAUCCCAGCAGAGUGGUUGGUUACGGGUAUUCUCUGUAUCUUCUUACAAGUCAUACUUUGAUGUUGACACUUCCGAUGUUCUAGAGAGGAUUAAAGAUUCACUCCUUCCAUUCAGUGGAACGUUCAAUGAGAAAACAUCUAACAGCCCAGAUUUGUAUGGACCUUUCUGGAUAUGCACUACCCUAAUAUUUGUAGCAGCUGCCAUCGGCACUUUUGUGACAUAUGUAGCACACAAGAUCAAGAGUAAAGAUUGGGAAUAUGACAUUAAUGUAGUGCAAUGGUCUGCUGGAUUGUUCUAUGGCUAUGUCACUAUUGUUCCUCUUGUACUGUAUGUAAUUCUCAAAUACUUCUCAGCACCAUCAGGUCUCGUUCAGCUGUUUUGUCUCUAUGGCUACUCCCUGUUUGUCUUUAUUCCAGCAUUGUGCCUCUCAAUUGUGCCCAUCGAAAUCUUCAGAUGGGUAGUUGCAGGCGUAGCUGGGGUUAUGUCUGCCACCUUUGUUGCAGUCAACCUUCGAGCCCACAUCGUUUCAGCCGGUGAAAGGUGGUUCUUGAUUGUCGCCGGGAUCUUUCUGUUGCAGUUGGCUCUGUCUGUCGUGCUAAAACUCUAUUUGUUCACCAUAACAGUCUAA